AUGUCCAAUUAUUGGGACAGAACAUUAUCUAACGAACAAGAAGUUUUACCAAAUCCUGAAGAACUACCAAUUCUGCUGAAUCUUUUAACAAGGACCGCUCGGAGAAUCUGUGUAAGGUUUUGCUUUUGUAAAUCAAAGUACAACGAACCUUUCGAUCGUAUUAACAAUUCACAUCCAGAAAUCGAAAUUUCUUGUGUAAAUAUUUUGACGGAAACAGAGUUUUUUGAUGUGAAAUUUGAGGGUAGCAAUAUCGAUGAAUUUGUUGAUGUCGAAUUUGACAGCAAACAUUCAGUAUGG